AUGACGCUAAACGCCCUGUCAGGUGAUGAAAGCACAGCUUCAGCCUUGGCUGGCUGGUAUCUCAGGCACUUCAAGCUUGAUUACGUGACUACCAUCAGUAAAAGAGAAUACUGCAAACCACUGAAGCUCAACCUGAUCUCAAGCUUUGAACUUCAGUCAGCCCACGGAGCAGACACGUACAAGAGCAAUCUCAUCAAAGCGAUCCAGAUUUUGAAGGAUAAUUUGCCACGGACCAUCGUAUCAAUAACCGGAAUGAUGGACAUCGAAAUCCUUCGACCUGUCGAUAAGCGCAAGUUGUUCUGCGUUGGAUUGCACUAG